CCAUCAUGCAUUACUGAUUAUUUUAAAAAAAGAAUUCACAGAAGAUCUGCCUUUAAAAAGGGCUCAUUUGCACUUCAUUUCUUUCCCAAAAACUCAACUCCAAAUUUGAAGAAACCAAAGAAAAACAAUAUGGAAGCAAACCGCCAUUCAUGUGACCAUGCAGAAGAAGACUACAUUUACAUGGAAGUAGAUUCACAUUUUCCCAUCUUCAGCCACCACCACCAUUACACCACCAGAGAAUUCGAAUUCCAAAUGUCAAGCUCAUCGGAGAAAGACGCCGCCCCUUCGCCGGCCGACGAGCUCUUCUACAAAGGAAAACUCCUCCCUCUUCACCUCCCACCACGUUUGCAGAUGGUCGAAAAACUCCUCCAAAACCCCAGCGUUUUUGACCAUCAUUAUCAUCAUCAUCACAACAUGAUGAAGGAAGAAGAAGAAGGCAGUAGUACCUUUUUCGAAGAAUCUUUCAGCACCCCUUUAUUCACCACCAAUAAUAACACUCCAAAUGCAAACAAUACUCCAUUUGAAUCCUGCAACGCUUCCCCAUUGGAGUCUUGCCAAGUUAGCAGGGAGCUAAAUCCAGAGGAAUACUCUUUUGAGUAUUCAACAGAACCAUCAUCAUCAUCAUCAUCAAGUAGUUGUUUUGUUGAUGAAAACAAUAAGAAAUCUGCUUGGACUAAGAAGCUUAAGUUGAUCAAGCAGUCAUCUUCACUUGGUUCAAAGCUCAAGGCUUCCAAAAGCUAUCUAAAGUCUUUUUUCAAUAAAACAGCUUGUUCUAAUGAAUCAUGUGCAGCUGCAGCUUCCAAAGUUAAUGCUCUUGAUGAACAUGAUCAAGGGUCUCUUUUGAAGUCUAAAGAUUGCGGAAACAAGUAUGUUAAAGUACCAAGAAAAAUCCCAUUUGGCCAAAUUGAUCAGAAAUCUAACAGACAUCAGCAAGAAAUUACUUCAAAUUCCAGGAACAGGGGAUUUGAUAAAACAGAGAGCUUUGAUCAUGAGACUAAUGGCAGAGGUAGACAUAGGAGGUCAUUCUCAGGAGCAUUCAAAAUUAGGAUGUCCACGGCUCGAGCUUCGUCUUCAUUGUCUUCAUCUGGAUCUUCUUCAGCUUCAAGUUCAAACAACUCAAGUGGGUUCAGAGAAAUGCCAUUCUUCAAGAGAAGUAACAGUGUUAAUUCUGAUGCUGAGAAUCCUAUACAGGCAGCAAUUGCACAUUGUAAGAGGUCUCAGCAGCUUUUCAGUUCAAGAAAGACUGUAAGUGAUCUUGGUUUCUGCUCAUUGAACUCUUCCAGAGUCAUUUAUGAAGAUCAAAGACCAGGGCUUUGCAGGGGUUGAAGAUUUAUGAAUCAUUAGUAGAGGAGAUCGUGUAGUAAGGGGGAG